UCCACAUCUAUAUCCGAACCAAAUUCCCUCCUUCCUGCUUUGCCAACCUUCCCUCGUUUUCUGCUCUCUCUUUCUCCCGCUUUUUUUUAUUUUUCUAAACUCAACUUCCCGAGAAACACUUAACCAGAUCUCAAAACUCUCCCCCAAAUUUCCCAACCUUUUAUUUUUCUCUGUUCAUUAACCAAAAUUUUCCCUCCAAUUUUUUUUUUGUUUUUUUUUUAAUUUUUAUUUUCUUUCCCAAUUUCCUAUUUUCUCAAACCCUUUCGAUCCCUUUUCUUUCCCUCCAAGACUCGAUCUUCGGUUCGGGCCACUCCAUGUCCGGCUCGCGGGCUCCGAACCCCUCGGCUCAGCCGUCCGAGCAGAUCCGGCAGCCAUUAAAGCCUCAGCAGCUUCCCUUUUCGUCUAUGAAGCCGCCUUUUUCAGUUCCCGCGGAUUAUCACCGGUUCGGUCCUGACCCUCACCGACUCACUGAUCAUGAAGCUGAGGGCAUCGUUGUUAAGCCUCCGCUGAAGCGGAAAGGUGAUAUGGUUGAUUAUGAAGUUGAAUCUAGUGAUAGAGGAGGUUCUAGAUUUGCUGAAGUAGUUAAUAGUUCUCUUCAGACUCCUGUAUCAGUAAAAGCUGGAAAGGCUACUAAAACAUCAAGGCUUACCAAGUGCAGUAAAGCUAGACCUCAAACCCCUAUUUCAAAUGUUGGUUCUCCUUCUGGCCCUAAUCUUACCCCAGCUGGUCCAUGUCGUUAUGACAGUUCUCUAGGUCUCUUGACCAAGAAGUUCAUCAAUUUAAUCAAGCAUGCGGAAGACGGUAUCCUUGAUCUAAAUAAAGCUGCUGAUACUUUAGAGGUGCAAAAGAGACGAAUAUAUGACAUAACAAAUGUCCUUGAAGGAAUUGGUCUUAUAGAGAAGAAACUCAAAAAUAGAAUUCAGUGGAAGGGACUUGAUGUCUCAAGGCCUGGGGAUGCUGACGACAAUUAUGCUAGCUUACAGGUACAGAAAGCAGAAGUUGAAAAAUUAUCUAUUGAAGAGCGCGCAGUAGAUGAGCAAAUAAGAGAAAUGGAAGAAAGAUUAAGAGACCUGAGUGAAGAUGAAAAUAACCAGAAGUGGCUGUUUGUCACUGAAGAUGAUAUCAAGGGUUUACCCUGCUUCCAGAAUGAAACCUUAAUAGCAAUUAAGGCUCCACAUGGUACCACUCUUGAAGUUCCAGAUCCUGAUGAGGCUGCGGAUUAUCCCCAGAGGAGAUAUAGGGUAGUCCUAAGAAGCACAAUGGGCCCAAUAGAUGUUUACCUAGUUAGUCAAUUUGAAGAAAAGUUUGAGGAGAUUGAUGGGGUUCAGGUCCCUGCAAACUUUCCAUCAAGUUCUGGGGUUAAUGAGAACCCAGCAACAACAAUGGCUACGAUUGAUAGAGGCAAGGAGGACAUGAAAUUGCAGAGACAAUAUGAUCAUGAAAUUUGUGCUGAUCCUACUGCCCCACAGGAUUCUGUGAGUGGGAUCAUGAAGAUUGUUCCCUCAGAUGUUGAUAGUGAGGCGGACUACUGGCUCUUGACAGAUGCUGCUGAUGUUAGCAUCACAGACAUGUGGAACACAGAACCUAUAGCUUCAGUGGAAUGGAAUGACUUUGUGCUACCUGAAGACUAUCCCGCUGUUACUGUUGGCACGCCAAAGCCUCAGACGCCGCCUUCCAAUCCAACGGAAGUGCCGUCUACUGUGAAUCAUACAGGCAGCUGAAACUUGUGAAAGAAAAAUUGUGUUUGAUCCAUUCAGGAGAACCUAUGAUGUCCAACUAAGCCCCUUGUGCACACGCUUGUGACUUCUAGGGUUGGAUGGAAGGUCCCAUGUCUCUGGAAACUUGAGAACAGAAAGAAGAUACUAUGAUAGAGGCAGUUGACUCGUAUUGUACAGUUGAGUAAUAUACAUAAUCCAUGUACCUACUUGCAAAUAAGUUGUAAUUUGUUGUCAAAUCUGUGUAUAUUAUCAAUUAACCCAACUAACAUCUAGUAUGGAUGGAUCUGGUUAGUGAUCUUUUAACAAUCAACAAGAGGCGUUUAUCA